AUGUACACGAUUGGCAGACCUAAACAAAAGACAACGAUCUUGUCCGGGUACCAUAAAAAACGACAGGUUUGCAGCAUUCAACGCAUCUGCGUCUCGGAUAAGAGGAGAGUACGCAAGCAGAAGUCGAAGGAGUACAACGUUUGCACCGGAUGGACGCAAGAAUGGGUGUACCCGGAACAGCUUCGGACCAAGGCUCGCCUAGACAUUCGAGAGGUGGUGCGCGGACCAUUUUUAUCGGCGAAAUUGUUGCAGACACGGCCGUACAUUAACGUGCCGUCGUUCCAAGCGAAGGAAACUUUUAAUCGCGCGAGACGAGGCAUUCCCGACGCAUGGCGCGAACACUUAGCCUCCAGAGGUUACUGCGGUGACACAGAGGCACGUGUUCUGCAGAAGAAUUCAAUACCGUCUUACGUCAGAUGCCUCGCCACUGACCGACUCUGGAACGAUCUAGGUCUACCCUUCACGCAGGGCAUUCCCGAUCCAUGGAAAACCGGGUUUCAUCGGUUGGGAGCAGCGAAGCGUCGACGGCACGUUUCCAGGAAAAGGAUCGUCACGCGAGCGGCCAGCAAUUACGACGCGGACGACGAAGCUGAAACAGAAUACGCCGCUGCUAGAUCAUAUCGUAAGUCCGUGAAAGAGUACGCCGGCAAUGGGGAAUGUUGCCUCGGCGAGGGACAAGGCGAAUCGAAUUUACUGUCCAAGAAGGAAGCGAUUCAGACAAUCGAGCACGCUUCCAAGAACAACGGGAAAAAUGCGCACGAGAAGAUCGCUCGCCAUAAGUCGCUAUCUUCAAAGAUUUCAGGGAAAUCGAAGGACAUCGGUCCUACGGAGGUCAAGGAAAUUCGAAGAGAGCCUGUUAGGAGUAAGCGAGUAACUUUAAAAGGGAAACCGUCGGUGCCUGUUCGAGGGAGAUCGCCGAGAAAGCCCUUCGAUCACUCGGAUUUGAAGAGAACCGUUAGGAAGAACGUUCAAAUUGAUUUAAUUGAACAAACGAAAGAGUCUUCAGGGACAGCUCGCACGCCUGGUGUUACACGUUGCAGGUGUGCGUCGCAGGAUCAUGGCCAUUCCGAUGCUCCACGGUUUUCUGCUUGCACGAAUCUAUUGGAGAAAUUGGACAUGUCCCAGCGCGUGUUAUGCAAGAACUGCGAAAGCAUGCGCCGCGAAGACGAUUCGAAUUUUGUAAAUACUGGAAGUCGACCUAGGAGUCACAAAGUCAUAGAAAGCGGGAAGAUUUACAAAAGGACGACGCUGAAAGUCCGCGGUUGUCUUCGGACAACGAAGCAGCGUUUCGAGAGCUUGAAUUAUCGGAAACCCGUCGGAGGGCGGCACGCGGUUGCCGACGGGGAUCUGACGCUGGUGUGCUGCCACUGCGACUGUCCUUAUCUGCGAAUAGCGGGCAGCCGAGCGAGCAACUGCGACCGCGGGACAUCUGGCAAGACGCGGAGAGAUCGGCGAACGGGGCCUCGCGAGCGUAGACGCAUUUCAAAAUGCACCACAACGCGGAAACGCAGGGGCAAUCGCGCCGAUUCCGAGAAUCGUCGCGGGACACGCGUUGCAAACAAAGUGUGCGCUUCUAACAGCGACCUCGGAUAGGCGUUACAUUCGACGGCCGCUAAACGGCCCGGCGAAGCGUCGAGCUGGAACGUUAAUCGAAACCCAAAGACGGAUGCUGCCGGCGGAUACGCUGCGAUAUGUAAACUUUCCGAAUGUAAAUUUAACAAAGAAAUCACGAGGGACAUCUGAACUCUAGAGACGAACAUCCGGACGGUAGAGUUGCGCUAGCGUGUCAGCUGUUCACUGGCCAAAUCGGUCAACGCGAAAGGUGGAGGAAUGCGAUGGAAUAGUGUAGCUUAAUCUAUCCAACAUAUAAGACGCAUUAAAUGGUAUACGUUUGAAGCAACCUUUAUUAUCGCUACCAUGUUUGCAUGACCAGGAUUCUUAUUUCUCGAACCAGUAAGCUGGAGUUGACCGAUUCGGCCAAUGAGCGAAUAAAGUAUUGAAAACGGCAAUAAAAGUGCUUCCGAAUGAUCCGUUGUUAUUGCAUCGUGGUUAAGUAAUCAAAUACGUAGGUACGUUACGCGAGGAGAGAAGUAUGUUCUGUUCGAGUGAGAUGAUUUUGGGAUAACGGCAGAGGCCGGUUGUCGAUAAGGGAGACGAUAGGCGUGUCGAUAGUUUGAUCACCUAUGACGAAGGAUAUGAAGUGCCCGAGGCAAAGAGAUCGGUAUGCUCCGGACGUGAUUAGUUUUUAAUGAAUUACGCAUGCGAUAGUGAUGACCAGAGACAGACGCAUCUGAUAAGUCUGUAAAUGGCGAUAUCGGUGUCACGACUCGAGAGAGUUUCGCCGUGAAUACGAUCGCUUCGAUAGACCGGGUGAAUAAUGCGGCUCCGAUAAGGGAAUUGUAUCGUGGAAGGAAACCGAGGAAAGAUAAUCGCGCUCGUAAACUGCCGAUGAAGAGUACCGAGCGUCUCUCGAGCGGAUUUUUGAAAUUGAGAAUAAAUCGACGCCUCGCGAAUUGGCGGUGUCGUUAGCGAGGCAUUCGAAUUCAGAGGAAUCGUGGUAAUCGGAUUGGAAUUGUAUAAUACUACAAGUGGAUUAUUUGUCCGCGAGAUAUAUCACGGAUGCUAGAUUAUUUUUCACGAUAAAAAGGAGAUCUCUUGUAACUGAAUGCCUCGCGUAUUAUCACGGCCUACUGAAAAAUACUCGACAUGUCACGAAAGUAAUUAAUCUGAACGAUAAGCAACGCGUCCCAGAAUUCCUCGUUCGAGGAGAGAAGUGCAAGUUGAAUUUUUCUCGAAUUUUCUCUUUCGCUUCUCUAUUGCAUCCUGUAGUUGGCGUUAAAGCGCGUUUAAAUGCGCUUAUCUGAUAACCUUGACGUGACCUUGGAGAUUGAAAAAUUCAGUGAAAGUCUGGGACGAUGUUAAAAUGGUAUACGAGCAUACAUUUUGAGGAGAAAUGUUGAAAAAUGAUAUCCAUCGACAGAGAUAAAUCUUAAAAAG